AUACGGAGUCAGGAAUUAUGUGUAGAUCUUUAAAAGAGGUUGAAAGAUUUGAGAAAGAAGGCACUCGCCCAGGUCGCAAGCCAAAAAAAGUGAAAAUGGAAAAUGUUGAAACAACAGUGAAAGAAAUGGGUGCUACUGUGACUGAGGAAACUUCACCCAAGAAAAAAGAAGAAAAAGAAGAACCACAAACAAAAAGUGUUGAGGUUGAAAAUGUUUUGGUAGAUGCUAACCAAAACCUAAAUCAGCUCAACCCUAAUGAUCAACAAUACUUUUCAGAAGAUUCUGAGAGAACUCCUUCUCCACCAUGGUCUCUGUCUCAUGUGGUUAGUCCAAGGGAAGGAACUAGAGCUAAUGCUUGGUGGAGGAAGCCAACAUGAAAGGCAUAACUUGAGAGAAGGCAAAAAAAUAAAAUUAGGGGAAAACCUAACUCUAUAAUGGAAAACUUUUAAGUUAUGAAUAAGGUGGUCAUUGUCCCCUUCCUAUGUAUUAAGCUCUGCUUCUGCGCU